GACGUAAGAGGCGCAGCAUUUAAUGAUAUACCUAGUUUCUUCGCCCACUUCUGACAGGUGGUACUGCGCAAAAAGACGAGAUCAAAUCUCCUGGUGUCCUUGAGACGUUCACGGCCGUAAAGCGAAGCUAUGAGUUCGAAUUCCGGGGUGCGAGAAUGGGUUACCGUUGCCUCUUUGGCUGUUGGAGCCACUGCUGUAGGAUAUCUCGCUUACAAAGCUCUCUUUUGCAAAGAUAAAUGCUGCAAAUCUCUGGUCAACUUCGAGAUCCAGAAGGACAACCCCAAGGUGGUGCACGCAUUCGAUAUGGAAGAUUUGGGAGAUAAAGCAGUUUAUUGUCGCUGUUGGAGAUCUAAAAAGUUUCCAUUUUGUGACGGUGCACACACAAAACACAAUGAGGAAACCGGUGACAAUGUUGGUCCUUUGAUCAUCAAGAAAAAGGAGUCUUAAAUUUGAAGUGUUUCUAUGUAAUCCUCAUGUUAGCUGCAAAUGUCACACAGAAUAUUAACAAGACCAGCUGUAAAUAUUCUUCAUAGGAAAAAACCCUACCUGGGAUAAGAGCCACAGAUAAAAUCAUUUAGCCUUAAAUAUGAUCAGUAUUUAAGUAAUGGGAGAUAAUUUUAACUCGCAGAAAGUGAGUUAAUAAACUGCUAUUACUAGAGCGUGGGGUUAUUCCACUAGCUACACUACACUGCUGUUUCCAAUUCUGGGGGUAGUACAGUUGAGUUAAACUAAUUUUUGUUUUAAACUUGAUUUUGCUUUUUUCAAUUUCAUAACUAAAACUGACCAUGGAAUGUACUGCAAACAGAUGUGGAGCCAUUAAACUAUUUACAAAACGUG